AGAAGAUGGCAUCGUUGAACGACGAUUCAAAUUUUCAACAGCUCAAAGCCUAUUUUAAUUCACAUGGAAAACAUCUGAAAAUCGUUGAUCUUUUUGCUCGUGAUCCGCAGCGUUUUCUCAAUUAUAGUCUUAAAUUUGAGACUCCUGAUGGUACAAUUUUAUACGAUUACUCAAAGAAUUUGGUUGAUGACGAAAUGAUGGCAAAAUUAUUCAGUUUGGCCGAAUCGCGCAAAGUGGAAGAAAUGCGUAAAGCAAUGUUUUCUUGCCAAAAAAUUAAUUUUACCGAAAAUCGUGCUGUAUUGCACAUCGCAUUGAGAAAUAUCAAUAAUAAGCCGUUAAUUCUUGAUGGGCAAAAUGUGACGGAUGAAGUGAAUAAAGUAUUGGCUCAUAUGAAACAAUUUUGUAAUAGUGUCAUAAGCGGCUCUUGGAAAGGAUAUACUGGUGAGAAGAUUACAGAUGUCGUUAAUAUCGGUAUUGGUGGAUCAGACUUGGGACCAUUAAUGGUGACAGAAGCUCUCAAACAUUAUCAAGUUGGACCUCAUGUCCACUUUGUCUCCAAUAUUGAUGGAACUCAUUUGGCCGAAGUACUAAAACGUGUCAGCCCUGAACGAACGAUUUUCAUAAUUGCUUCUAAAACUUUCACAACUCAAGAAACAAUUACUAAUGCUGAAUCGGCAAAAGAAUGGUUCUUGUCUUUUGCAAAGGAUAAAGCAGCUGUAGCGAAACACUUUGUUGCUUUAUCGACAAAUGGGCCAAAAGUUCGUGAAUUCGGUAUUGAUGAAGCCAAUAUGUUUGAAUUUUGGGAUUGGGUCGGUGGUCGCUAUUCUCUUUGGUCAGCUAUUGGUCUUUCUAUCGCUGUUCAUAUUGGUUUUGAAAAUUUCCACAAGCUACUAGAAGGAGCGAAUGCAGUCGAUGAGCAUUUCCUGAAUGCACCAUUUGAAAAAAAUAUUCCUGUAAUAAUGGCAUUGCUUGGAAUUAUCUAUAUAAACCUUUAUGGAGCAGAAACUCAUGCUCUUUUGCCCUAUGAUCAAUAUCUCCAUCGAUUUGCUGCAUAUUUCCAGCAGGGAGAUAUGGAAAGCAAUGGAAAAUCUGUCUCAAGAAGUGGUUCUCGAGUCAGUUAUUCCACUGGCCCUAUAGUUUGGGGUGAACCUGGCACCAAUGGUCAGCACGCGUUUUACCAGUUGAUUCAUCAAGGGACUCGAUUAAUUCCAGCCGACUUUAUUGCUCCUGUAAAGACUUUGAACCCGAUUCGAGGCGGUCUUCACCAUGAUAUUCUACUAUCUAAUUUCAUCGCUCAAACUGAAGCAUUGAUGAAAGGCAAAAAUGAAGCUGAAGCUCGUUCUGAAUUAUUAUUUGAAGGAAACCGUCCGACGAGUUCAAUUGUCUUGCCGGUUAUAACGCCGUUCACUCUUGGUGCUUUAAUUGCUUUUUAUGAGCAUAAAAUAUUUGUACAAGGAGUAAUAUGGAAUAUCAAUAGUUUCGAUCAGUGGGGCGUCGAGCUCGGUAAGCAGUUGGCGAAAGUGGUGCAAGCAGAACUCAAAGAUGACCAAGAAGUGCAUAGUCACGAUGCAAGUACGAAUGGAAUAAUUAAUUUCAUCAAAAAUCAUAAAAAAUAA